AUGUGCAGGCCAUAUUCACGUGCUGUUAUUCUAGUGGCAAGGGCACUGCAAAAUGUUGAUGACAUUUUAAUCUGGAAACAUGUGCUUGAAAGACUGAAUGUUCGACCUACGAGUCAUGAAGUAGGUAUAGAAACUCUUAUGGUUAAUGUAUUAAGAUUCUGCAUUGACCAACUAGAAGAUGAUAAAACUAGAAGAUGCUUGAAAAAUCUUGCUCUUUGUAACAAUUACCAUGAGAUUGCAUCUGAGUCUGCCAUAGGCCUAUGGGUCAGAGAUGGUAUCGUAGACGCCCAUGAUGAAGGCCAAAAAGUCCUAAAAGAUCUUGUCAAUGCUAGCCUGCUCCAAGUUGAUGAGAAUCGGCAAUUUGUGAAGUUUCAAGACCAGGAUCAGGAUAUAUUAGUGAACUUAAUAUUUCAGCUCGAGGAAAAUCGUGUGUUUCUGAUGCGAGGUGGCUUGGAUUUGAUAGAGCCACCAGAGGUUGAGGAAUGGGAGAGUGCAAAAGAGAUUUGUUUGAUGCAUACCGCAAUUUCUGAGCUACCGAAGGAACCAAGGUGCCCUUCACUUUCGUCGUUAUAUCUGCAAAGAAAUUACAAGCUAAGAAAGCUUUCUUCUUCAUUUUUCAAUCAGAUGCCUGCUCUAGAAGUAUUGAAUCUGUCUAGAACCCGCAUUCGGUGCUUGCCGGAGUCCAUAUCUCAACUUGUCGGCCUCAAAAGACUCUUCUUGAAUGAUUGUGUCCUAUUGAGAUCGAUAUCGCCAGCAAUUGCAGGGCUCAAGCGGCUGGAGGUAUUUGAUCUUGAGGGGACGAAGAUUAAGAGUCUUCCCAGGGAAAUUGAAUGUUUAAUUAAUUUGACUUGUUUGGGAAUCUCAAUUUCUGGAACUGAACCUUUUAGUGACUCGAAAACAGUGAUUCCUCAUGGGGUAAUAUCUUCUCUAUUGCACUUGGAAGAACUGAAUCUAGAUGUGGAUGCCAAUGCCGAAUGGUGGGAUACAUGUGCUGAAGGUGUUUUAUCUGAAGUUUGCAACUUGAAAAGGUUAAGCACUUUCAAAUUCUCCUUUCCUACAUUGGAACUUUUGAGGCAGUUUAAUCAGCUAAGGAAAUCAAUGGAGCAUCCAUCUUUAGCUCAAUUCAGACUUUGUGUUGGUAAUCAUGCUAGCCGCAUCAUGAAUCGGCUACCUUCAGAUAUUGAAUUCGAGCUGGAACAGUGCAACCGAUUCUUGAGGUACACAAAUGGUGAUGGUGUCUUCACGGAUAUUAAGGACAUCCUGCAACAAUCAGAUGCUUUUUUUCUUAGAAAGGCAUGCUAA